AUGGAAGCGCAGGCGGUGCUGGGCUCCUUCGUGGCGGGGCAGGAGGACUACGAGGUCCUGGAGGAGAUCGGACAGGGCACCUUCUCUGAGGUAUGCCGUUUGAUCGUGUUCACGGCUCAUGGUCGAUGUUCUCGGGCGGUGCUGGGCUCCUUCGUGGCGGGGCAGGAGGACUACGAGGUCCUGGAGGAGAUCGGACAGGGCACCUUCUCUGAGGUGCACCGCGGGCGGCACCGAUCCACCCACCAGGAGGUGGCGCUGAAGGAGAUGUUCCUCACGGAACAGAAAGCCUUGCCCCUGCAUGUCGAGCGGGAGCUGCAGCUCCUGCGCGCUGUCAGCCACCCCAACAUCCUGCCCCUCCAGGGCGUGUACUCCAAGGGCUUUGGCAUCACCCUUGUCUUCCCGCUGUGCCGUACCGACCUGUACCGUGCCAUGGAUGCCGGCCCUCUGCCGGCCCCCAUUGCGAAGGCGGCCUUGAAACAGCUGUUUGAGGCGGUGGGCGCCCUCCACGACGCAGCGGCGGUGGUGGCGCCGCCGCUGCAGGGGGGGUACGUCCGCGGCACCGUGCGGCGCCCGGUGGAGACGUGCCGGUCGGAUGAUCCGCCGGUAAAUGGGGACCCGGGGGGGCCACUCGGUUAG